AUGAAGGGCCGGAAGCCAGCAAUUACUGCUGCCGGAACCUUCUUUGCCUUGUUCACGUAUUCUCAAAUAUAUCAGAAUGUCAUCUUUCCGCGCAUCACUCCGAUAUCGGAACGAUUGGAGGAGAAGGGUUGGGUUAACUCGUCCCGUUCAUGGUUAGAUAGGAGAGUGUGCAAUUGGUUUGGGCUUUGCGGGAUAGCGCAUUUGAAUCAGGCGCAUUGGACGACAGAAGGCGGCGCAAAUAUAUCAGAGCCGACGAAGACUGGCAACAGUGAGCGGACAAGCAUAGAUCUCAGCGAGUUUCUGAAAAGCGCGAGAGCGCUUCCUAAGGACUGGACCGAACAGGAACUGAAGGACCGGGAAGUCCCGCAGUACGUUCUGGAUCACGCACCGCUCAUUCAUUUGUUUUCCGGCGAAGAGUAUUGGCCUUGCGACAUUGAAGAGCAUUUGUUUCAUACUACGCCGCAUCUGAAUUACACCCCGCUCCAAGCCGUCGAGGACCAUCCUACCCUUGAAAACCUUCACGAACUCAACAAGUGGGGUCGCUUUGUAUAUUUGCAGAGUGACGACAAUGUCGAGGACUAUCCUGAAUGGCUGGGAGGCAAGAGUAACAUUCCUGGCAUCCCGGAGGGUUCGGAUCCGGAUGAAGACCCAGAGGCGGGCGGCCAUUACGAGGAAGAUAAGGAUGGCGAGAAGUCUAGCUGGUGGAACGUCGGUAUCGGUGACACCAAGGAAAGAGGUGGCAUUCGUUCAAGUGGAAUCGUCAAUUCCCGUGUUCCCACGCCCACCGCUGUACCGACAAAUACACCCGAAGGCGAAGAGCUUGUAGAUGUCGAUGAUGAGCCCUGGCAAUCCGAACUUCGUCGGACGCUCAAGAAAAGGGGAAAGAAAGUCGUGGGAGGCAGAAGCGACGCGCCCGCAACGCUCGUCGUAGUGCCGAAGGAGAACGGUGUCGUAGACGCUUUCUGGUUCUUCUUCUACAGCUACAAUCUCGGCAACUCCGUCUUCAAUGUACGCUUCGGCAAUCAUGUGGGCGAUUGGGAACAUACUACAGUGCGCUUCCAGGACGGUGUUCCCAAGGCAGUGUUCUUCAGUGAACACAGCUUUGGGGAGGCAUACACCUGGGAUGCUGUGGAGAAAUCCGGCAAGAGACCUGUCGGCUUCUCUGCCACUGGCACCCACGCCAUGUACGCUACUUCGGGUGUUCAUCCGUAUAUCCUACCGGGUGGGAUACUCCACGACGUCACCGAUCGUGGACCGCUCUGGGAUCCAACGUUGAAUCUGUACGCCUACACGUACGACUACAGGAGAGAUGAUCUCAAGAGUUCCAACUUGACCCCGCGAGCACCUGUAGGUUUCUUCUAUUUCAUGGGUCAUUGGGGCGACAAGUUCUACCCUCUCAGCGACCCUCGACAGUACAGGUUCUUGGGGCAAUAUCACUACGUGAACGGCCCCCUUGGUCCUCGGUUCAAGAACCUCGGAAGGAAGGAGAUUUGUCAAGGAAAUGGCGAAUGUGUUCUGAAGAAAUGGAUAGGCGACAAGAAGUCGCGUCCGCACGUCAAGCGAUAUCCACUUGUUGGUCAUGGUGAAGAGAUGAGCGAGGAAGAUAUGCACCGCUUCAGCGUAGAAGACGUUGCAUGA